AUGGCUUCCAGGCGUGCUGCUCGAACGGCAAUUAAUUGGACUGAGCUAUAUCAGCACUGUCCCAAGCACCAACUCGAACAAUUUCGAGAUCUGAAAACCAAAACUGAUGGUCUAGUUUCGAGAAUAUCAUCUCUUCCUGAAAAACUCCCGGAAAUCAACUGGGAAUACUACCAAAAGGUAGUACCUGUUCCAGGACUUGUUGAUAAAUUCAAGAAAGAAUACAUGGCACUUCAAGUUGCAUUACCGACCGAUUCCAAAAACGUCGGCAAGUCCGUUGACGCACAAGCAAUCAAAAUGAGUGAUCUGGUCAAGAAGCAUGUUUCGGCUUGUGAAAGUAUGAAGGCGGACGCCAAUAAAAUGAAGCAGGCCCUGAAGGAGCUGCCCCCCUUUGAUGAGAUGAUCCCCGAAAUCAUCGUUACAUACUUCCCAGAUACCAACAUGGACCCGUUCUACACCGGCGAGGUUCCCAAGACUGAGAGCCAGGCAGCACUAAAGAAUAUGGCACCCAAAGUCCAUUGGGACUUCAGCUGA